UACGUCCCGGAGAAUGCCUCCAGUGUUCAAGUUCAAUAUCUCACUUUGAUCACUUAACUAUUUCCGCAAUUAAAGUCCCGCUCCCUCUUUCCUCCACGUCACAGUGAGACUUCAUUUCUCCACUCAGUUCCUCCUCAAGAUCGAGAGCCGUAGCAUCGAGGAAAUGCAUGUCUUCAUUCGCCUUCCAAAAAAAAUCCUGGACGUUAUAAAGGCCAGGAUUUAGUGAUCUGAGCCCAGCUCCCCCCUCCUUCUCCUCCUCCUCCAUCAUGUGUAGGAAACUCCGGGCCCUCUGCUCUUCCUCCACAGUGACGCCACUUCAUCACGCUCACAGAAACAGUCUGCUGCCACAUCCCUUUCUUCUCCUCCUACAAGCCCCUCGGACAGUGAUGUAGGAUCACGAGAAUGGGGAAACACCUUCCAAGGAGAAAACACACACACACUCUUCGCGAAGAGGAGAGAACCUUCAAAUGACACUGCUGGGAUUCUGACUUGUCCCUGAGCCCUCGCUGGACUCCGACUGGAUCCAUGUUGUUGACUGACAGCUGAGUCUUCUCCUUCACCUGGUCUGCUGUGGAUCUUAACAUGGGGUGAACUUUGACCUCAGCUCCAUCAGAAACUCUGGAAGAGGAACUUCCUGUUUACGCUCUGCUGAAGAAGCCGGUGUAUCCUGAGCGCCUGUGAGCUCUGACCUCGACCCCUGGAGGGGGCUCAGCAAGGGGCCGAGGAUGCAGUGGACUACCCUGCUGGCCCUGCUGCUGGGGGUCGUCCUCUACCUGGUGAUGGGAGCGCUGGUUUUCCACACCCUGGAGAUCUCAGAGGAGCAUAAACGCUUUAACCAUCUGCGGUCCACCCGCAACAUCUUCCUACACAACCACUCCUGUGUGACGGACGAGGAGUUCGAUAGGCUGGUGGAGAAGAUCGUCUCUGCUGUGGAGUCUGGUCUGGACGUGGCAAACCUUCCUCCUAACUUCACCACCCGCUGGGACAUUCCCUCUGGAUUCUUCUUCUGUGGAACCAUCAUCACGACCAUUGGUUUUGGGAACCAGUCCCCUCAGACGGCAUACGGCCAGUUCUUCUGUGUGGUCUACGCUCUGGUCGGAAUCCCCAUGUUUGGAAUUCUGCUGGCGGGAGUCAGCGACCACAUGGGAACAGUGCUGCGGAGAGCUGUGGCCAAGAUCGAGACCCUGUUCCUGAAGCAGAAAGUGCGUCCGACCACGGUGCGAGUCAUCUCUGCUGUCCUCUCCAUCCUGGUGGGCUGCCUCAUCUUCCUGGCCACCCCCACUGUGGUCUUCCAGAAGAUGGAGGACUGGGCGUUUGUGGAGUCGCUCUACUUUGUGGUGGUCACGCUGACCACCGUGGGGUUCGGUGACUUCGUGCCCGGUAACGGACGUGUGACCAAGUGGAUGUUUAAACCUCUGGUCUGGCUCUGGAUCGUCUUCGGACUGGCCUACUUCGCCUCGAUCCUCACCAUGAUCAGCAACUGGCUGAAAGUUCUGUCCAAAAAGACUCGAGCUGAGAUGGAGGAGUUGAGAGCUCAUGCCACUGACUGGACCCAGAACAUCCAGAACAUGUCCAUGGACUUCAGAAUCCCCAACCCUUUGGAAUUCAACGACCCCUUCCUGUUGCAGCGCCGGCGCUGGAAACGCAGCGAGCGCCGACGGAUCCGCCGUGGGGCCCAGGGCACGCUGGGAUACUGGGGGAGGGCAGGGGAGAAUGGCCACCUGCCCCACCGCUGGGUGGGACUUUCUAGCUCCAUGAGCCAGCUGGAGGCCCAGUCCUCCCUGGAGAGAGGGGCGCGGCCCAGGCUUCAGCCCAGGGGCAGUGGUGGAGGAGUCGGGGCCGAGACUGACCUGAGAGUGGGGCCCCAACGGAAGGCUGAUGCUGAGGCAGAGUUGCCUCCAGAGAGCCGGGCCUUUCCUCAACUGCUGUCCCGCUCCUUCUCCCUGCCCGAGGCCCGUUCUCUGUCAGAGCUGCAGUCGGCGUGUGUGGCCCUGCGGGGAGACUCCCUCUCUGGAUCAGAGUCUCCUUUCGACUACAGGUCCGACGCGUCCUCCGUCUCCUCGUCCUUCUCGGCCCCCCUCAGGUUCCAGAGCACAACGGAGGACAGAGGAGAAAGAACUUUGGUUCAGACUCAAGACAAACUUGCAUCGCAAGAGAAUGGGGUUUCUGAAAACUUUAACUCUGAGUUUCUUCAGAGGUCUUCUCCGUCACUCCCUCCGUACGCUUUUCAGGUGGAUCUGCCUCCCUAUCAACCCCCCAGGACACCCCCCUCCUCAGACUGUCAGCUGCUGGCUUUCUUUGGGGAGAACCUGGCCUACAUCGACGAGUCCUCCGACACGUUGAGCGACCGCAUGCAGCCCCGGGCCAGCGAGGAGAGGAGGCGGCGACCACGGAGGCCCAAGAAGAGGAGCAUGAGGAGGCAGCUGCCACACAAGUGCAGCCCCCUGCAGGCGAGGAGGACCAGCAGCGACCUGCAGCCACCGUCCAACCCCCCCACCCCUCCCCCAGACUCCCUGCCCGGGACGCUCCGACAGGACGCCGUUUCCUCGAGACACGGCAUCAUGGCAAGGGAGAGCGAGUGACCAGCCGCGCCAGAUCAGGAGUUUCAACUCAUUCUAAAUCCAUCACACCUGGUUUGUUUUGAACAUCCGCCAGCCUCAGCCGUGAGUCACGUCCUCGCAUGUAAUCGUCUACUGUGUCCGGGAAAUUUCAGCGACAGGCCUAAGCGCGUAAUCUGCAGGCAGCUUUCGUGAGAUUACGCCUCUCUCUCUGAUGUCCUGCAUUGACGCGCCGCGGGGAUGCAGCCGACUAACUUGCUGUGAGGGAGCACUUCACUCAGCGCACCAUGUUGAAGAGAGACUAUGCAUUCAAAAAACAUGAGUCAGUAAAAUACACUCAUCUGAAUAAAAUGGAUCCCCUCACUGCUGAAAAUAAUUCAACAGCAUUUUAAUUUUGUUUUUUUUAAAUCCUUAAAUUUCCAAUUACCUUUCUUGACAUCACAUUUUCUGUGUAGAAAAAAGACAUUUGUUUACAUUAGUUUGAGACUCUUGAUGUGCAAAUAGCAAAUUCAGUGCAACACAAAUCCACCAUAGCAUCAAGGCCAGUACAUCUGAGACCAAGAAGCAUUCCUCCAUGGUUUUGAGUUUUUUUGUGUUCAAAAUGGCAUCGAGCUGAUUAUGUUCAGCAUAUUUGACAGUGUAGAUGACUAGACUUCAUAUUCUUACCAUUAAGAAUCUGCUGAAAAAAAGUAUUUCAACAGCAACUCGGAGGACUAUUAACUGAGGUGUUAAAAAUUUUUGAAUGAGGCAGGUCUUUACACUCACCGCGGUGUGAGUGGACUCACUAUUAUGAGGUGCAGUGCUGAGGAGCUGCUGAGUGAUCGCUUCAGGUCAACAGCAGAGGGGAUGGAGUUUGUUUCCACCGCUGCCGUCACAGAUGACUUGUUAUUCCAGUGUUUUCGAUUUGGGAACAUUAAGAAACAAACACGCUUGUCGGGACCUGAAGUGCCCGUGUGGGCGGACGAAACCCACCUGAUCCCCUGAUCUUCCGCCAUCCACUUUUAGAAGGCCUCCAGGGCCUCAAAUAGAGUCGUGAGAGGGUUUGUGUGUUAUUGUCCUCACGAUAUGAAUCUACUCAGGCAGGACUAAAACAAGUUUAACUCUCCAACUCUAAGACCCCAAACAAAACUGUAUUGAUUCUCACAGGAAGAAAUUUGAGAUGUUAGAACCAUAUUAUUCACUCAGAUUUCAUAAAAAGGUGUACGUCUGCCUGACUGAGAGCUGCAUAACCAGUUCUCCAUGUGAGAGAAACGAUGGGCUUGUCAGUCUCCCUGCACCACCUCUGAUGGUUCACAGUAUGGAGAGAUGGGGGAAAGUUAUUCUAAUGCAACAAGCUUGGUUCUUAUUCAAUCUGGAUGUGUCUUGAGCAAAACUCGGUCAUGACCCCGGGGCACAGCACAGAAACGCAUAUCUGAGGUGUCAUUCGAUCUUGCUCCUUAAACUUCUGCUUCAUAUUCAGUGCACGCUGUAAUAAAGCUGCUUCAGAACGUAGUGGGUCACAGCAGCUGACCUCACUGAACCUGAGGCACACACAAACACUGGCGGCCAGAAACUACUACGAGUGCUUGUCAUGGCGUGGCGCCCUCCACCAGGGUCCAAAGAGGAAAGUGGCUGAAUCCAACAUUCAUAUUCCAGCUGCCACAUAUUUUGUCAUUUUUGACAAGAAGUUGGAGAAAGAAGCGCGAGCACAUGGUCUGAGAAAAACCCGCGUCAGCAGCGGCGUCACCCGUGGCGCCUCGAGGCAGGUUCUCUCCACGAGGGGGCGCACGGGACUGACCAGUUCAAAACAAUAAGCCAACGCUUCUUUGAUCAUUUGUCCCGGUUUAGCUUUUAAUUCCCUGGUUGAUAACGCGUGAUAUAUGAAAACUUUUAUUGGCCCUUAUUUAUUUAACAUGGAGCGCUCGUUUUUUUAAUGAUGUCUUUCAAAGAAGCUAAUUCAAAAUAAAUUUAAAAAAAAAACUGCUACACAGUUUAAUGGAGGAGAUGACAACAAAACACUUCGCCAUAGCAUUUUGAUCUGCCACGAAACAUUGAAUAAACUGAAUUGAACUUCUACAUCCCCUGAAGGCGUCUCUCACACGCUCUACUGAAGUGUCGCCCUCUGGUGGUGGGGGGCCGCACCGUCAAUCCCAUCCGUAUGAACUUGAAACGUUGAACUAAAGAGCGCCUGAAAAGAAGCGGGGUCGGUUCAUGUACACUUGUGAAAUGACCAAAAUAGCACGGCACCCUCGCUUGCUUCAUCGUUUCCUUCCUGGUGUUUGUGGUCGGAGCGGGUGCCUUUCAGGGAAUUCAUGAAACAUAUUUCAGAGUAAUGAGCGUUAUGGAAAGGAGGGUCUACCGGUGGCAAUAUCCCACCCACAAGGUCAGGAGAAGAAGUGUGUGGGGAAGAGGGGGUCAUCGUCUGCAGCAGGCCUCCCUCACAAGGACAGAGGGAGCCGUGUGAGGCUCCACUGUGGGAUAAGUACAGGUUGGAUAUAGCAAGAGGUAGUUAAGUGGAAAAGACUAACAGAUGCUGGGGCUAGUUUACUCAGGGGGAGGGAGCCGCUACACACACACACACACACACACACACACACACAAAUAUGCCUGCAUUCUCACUGCGGCCGAGGAAAAAAGUUUACAGCGAUGGCUGGAGAACCUCAGAGAAUCUGAAGUCAGCCGAAUAAAUCCUGAUUAUCUCAAAGAAGAGAGGGAAUCUAAAACCACAGGAAGUGUUUCAGGUCAGGGCGGUCCGUUGCUGCUGCUGCCUAACAUUUGGAACCAGAGGAGAGAAAUGCAAACCUGCGGGAUGGAAUGGCAGAGACGGCACUUUUCAUGUAACAAAACUAAAAUGUGUCUCCGGGAAUAUUUUAUCUGAAGGUCAAGCAGCAUGAAGCAGAGCUGGCGGAAAAAAAACAAAAAAUAACUUGAGAAAAGAUGGAUUUAAUAAAAAAUAUUUUUAACUAUUUGAAUAAUAAUCGACUUCAAUGAUUUUAAAACACUUCCAUGAGACCCCACCCAUCUGCAUUCACCCCCCAUUUACUACUUCCAGAAAUGAAUCUUUCUUAUUCUCUGGAAUCACAUAAAGCAGGAAUGAGCAAAGCCUGGCUCGGGGGCCAUUUGCAGUCCUUCAUCAGGUCCCACGGAGCCCACAGUCUCAAAUGUCCUAUUGGUGAAGUUGUGACUAACCAGAACUGUCAGUUACAGAAUGUAAAAUGUACCCAGUUUGCAUAUUUUGGAAUAUCACAUGAUCCAGGAACUGGUGAGGCGAAUGAAUA